AUGACGGACCCUUCAUACAAGGGCCAAAUUUUGUGUUUCACCCAGCCUUUGAUUGGAAAUUAUGGUGUCCCUUCGUCUACUGCAAAGGACCAAUUCAAUUUAUUGAAGCACUUGGAGUCUCCAAGCGUUCAAUGUAUCGGUAUCGUUGUUGCAGAUGUUGCUUUAGAAUACUCACACUGGACAGCGGUUGAGUCGCUCCAGCAAUGGUGCCAACGCUCAGGUGUUGCUGCAAUCAGUGGCGUGGAUACGCGCCAGUUAGUAAGUUACUUAAGGAGCAAAGGGUCUUCGCUAGCAAAAAUUAGUAUCGGGGAAGAGUAUGAUGCUGAUCAGGAUGAAGCUUUUGAGGACCCAGGCUCAAUCAACUUGGUUAGGCAGGUGACGACACGAUCUCCAUUCCAUGUUCGUUGCCCUGAUCAGUUUAAUAAGGGCUACCAUAUAGCAGUAUUGGAUUGCGGGGCUAAGGAGAACAUUCUUCGGAGCCUAGUCGAACGAGGAGCAUCCUUGACAGUUUUCCCGUACGAUUAUCCUAUUCACACCAUCUCAAAAAAGUUUGAUGGUUUGUUCAUCUCGAAUGGACCGGGCGAUCCAACACAUUGUUCGCAGACUGUUUAUAACUUGAAGCAGACUAUGGCAAAGAAUACAGAAUUACCGAUUUUUGGAAUCUGUUUAGGCCAUCAGUUACUUGCUCUUGCAAGUGGUGCACAGACCGUGAAAUUGAAAUACGGUAACAGGGCACACAAUAUUCCUGCUUUGGAUCUUGUCACCAAGAAGUGCCACAUCACGUCGCAAAAUCAUGGAUACGCCGUUGAUGCUAGUACCUUGUCAAGUGAUUGGGAGCCAUACUUCCUCAACUUGAACGAUCUAUCUAAUGAAGGUAUGCGUCACAAAUCGAAACCAAUUUUUUCAACACAGUUUCAUCCUGAAGCAAAAGGCGGGCCACUCGAUACAUCCUUUUUGUUUGAUCAGUUUUUCUCUCAUAUCGACCAAUAUAAAGCCGGUGGUCAUUCUAUGCCAGGAAACAUUAAUGAGUCAUUGAUCGCGGACAUCUUGCCGUCACAAAGGGUGUAUUAG